AUGGCCACACCGUUUGUGUCCUGCGUCGCCGCGGAGGAUCGGUAUUGGGACCUCCUCUCUGAGUUCCUGAUCGAGAACGAGGAUUUUGUGCCAUGCCCAGAGUCUGGUGGAGAGCGCAUGAGCGAGGGGAAGUUUGUCGAGGACUUGUUGACAAAGGAGAAGUACUGCGACAUCAGCCUCCCGCGCAUCGCCGCUGCGCAGCGCAGGCCCCCGGGUUGGCUUUGCCUCCGAGCUUGUCGCAGCAGCACGCCGCAGGGGGGCCUGCUCGCCACGCGGCGCAGCCUGGCGCAGUCGGUGAAGGCCCUGGAGCUCUCCCGCGACGUGGACCGCCAGCGGCGUGGGGGCGGGGACGCCGACCUGCUGGGCGCCCGCGACGCCCUGCCCCCGGCGACUGCCGUGCCAGGAGGAGCACUGCGUGCGCCCAGCCUGCUCACCGUGCCGGCGCUGGGGCAGCCCGCGGCGCAGCCGUGCGAGGCCUCCCAGGGCGCCCUCGUCCAGCCCCUGCUGCUCGCGCCGCCCAGGGGGCCGGCGGCGUGCUUCGCGGCGCCAGCGCUGACGGCAGGGGCCAGCCAUGCCCUGGGCUCGGCGGGCGGCCCCCUGGCCGCGUGCUCGCUGCAGCAGGCUCCCUGCCGCCCGGGCGCUCUGGCCCGCGAGUGCGGCCCCGCCGCAGCGGGCGGUCCCGUGCGCCUGGCGCAGCCCUGCGGCGCCUGCUUCCCGCAGCGGGCCCCAGAUCCCUCGGGCGCGCCCGGCGGCUCCGCCUCGGCACUCGCCGCCGCGGCCCUCGCUGCGGGCGCCCCGCUCACCGGUCUGCAGCUGCCCCGGCCGUGCACGGCGCCCGUGGGCGCGGCGCUCCCGACGCCAACCGCCUCCGCCGCCUCGAGCCCGCAGCGGACGCUGCGCACGGCGAGGGCGGCCGCGCCGCCCGCCAGCGCGGCGAACACCACGCCGCCUGCCCCCGCCAGGCCGCAGCCGCCGCCGUGGCCGCCAGAGCUCCCGGCCGCCCCCGCGGCCGCUGCGCUGGCGGUGCCCGGGCCAGAGCCCUGGGGUGGGCCCCAGCCCCAGGGCGCGGCGGCAGGGCCGCCGAUGCAGAGGUCUGCGAGCUCGGGCCAGCUCGGCCUCCCCCUCCAGCGCCGCGCCAGCGUGCCCGCGCUGGGCCUCCCCGAGCGCAGGGCCACCUCGGUGGCCCGGGCGGCCCUGCGCCAGCAGAGCGCCGAGCCUCAGCGCGCCGGCGCCCGCGGCGUGCCCGUGCGGGUGGAGGUCCUGCCGCGGAGCCCCGCGCCGCCGCCGAGCCGGCGCCUGCCGUGCGAGAGCCGGGGCGCCGCGGGCGGCGAGCGACCCGCCGCCUGCGGUGCGCAGGCCCAGGGCCUCGCCGCGGCGGCGGCCUCGGCGCCCUCCCCGGCGAGGGCCGCGGUCUGCGCACCGGCGGUGGGCCUCCACCUGGCCUCCUUCGUGGCGACGCCCACCAGGCAGGGCGCGGGCCGGACCCUGAGGGCCAGCUGGGCCCCGCAGCCCCGGGAGCCAGUGGCGCCCCCGCGGCGGCAGGAGUCGCAGGAGCGCGCGAAGAAGGCCCCCGAGCUGCCCGGCUCCUGGGCCGCCCCGCGGUCGCGCGCCGAGGGCGCGGAGUGCCGCGCGCCCUCCCCGACGCUGCCCAGCACCGCCGGCUCGGGGCCGUGCAGCGCGCCCUCGACGCUGCCCAGCACCGCCUGCUGGGAGCCGCCGGCCGCACCGGCGGCGGGCACUGGCACCCUGCCCGCCGCCGGGGACCCGCAGGACCACCUGCGGGAGGAGCUGCGGGCCCGGGGCGAGCGGCUGCAGGAGCUCUUCUGGCAGGAGCUGGACCGCGCACGGGCGAGGCUGCGGGACGCAGGCUUCGGCAGCCCCCGCCGCGGCAGCCCGGAGCGCGCGCUGCCGCACCGGGGGGCGCGCCGAGCUGGCGCGGGGGCGCCGGAGGGUGGCGCCCCGCCUGCCUCUGCUCCCGGGAUCGCCCCAGCGCCGCCGGCAUGCCGAGAGCGCUGA